ACGUGCAACAACUUGAGUCUCUCUCUACUACUAGUAUUAAUAUUAUUUCCUUUUUCUUAUCUUCAUGUUUGUAUUCUCCACCAAUCUCAAAGUUUUUUACUUUCGAAUGAAUUGAUUCGUGAAGUUUUUUAAUUUUUUCAGCUCACAUUUAUUUUUUUUAUCUCUAUAUUUUUAUUUUUUUUUGUUGUACAAAAUUUUAAUUACACUCAUAUCCGUCUGUUCCCGGGGUCUCCUUCAACCUUAGCCUUCCCAAUGAUCAAAUCCGUCUGUUCCCAGGGUCUCCUUCAACCUUAACCUUCAGCCAAUGAUCAUUUUCUUGUUAAUUUGUCUGUCUCUCGUAAUGUCUAACAGUCCAACGUAGCUGCAUCAACGGCCGCUAGUUCCAGCUUCACAGAAUCACGGUAAUGUCACUAUCCUUCGAUUCCUUUCCCAUCUCUCUCUAAAGCCCAACCCCCAUCCACGUGAAUCCAACUCUCCGACCAACCCCCCUCGACCUUCCAGUGGCUUCCCCUUUUUCCAAAAAACACGGACUCUCCCCUCUCUCUCAUUUGCUUCCGAAUUGGACCUUGCUUCUCGCGUUUCUCAGAAUCAGAAAUGGCCUCGGCUUCAUCCGAUCCGGAGCAACUCACAUCCCUCGGAAAGGGUGGCAGGUCAUCGGGUGAGAUCGACAGUGCCCAAGAGCCUCUUAUUAACGGAGAGACGCACCACGAAGAUUACUCUGUUCUUGCUGCUAUCCUCCCAUUUCUAUUCCCAGCUCUUGGAGGAUUACUAUAUGGGUAUGAUAUUGGUUCCACAUCAUGUGCUACAAUUUCCGUAGAGUCAGCCACAUUAAGCGGGAUUACAUGGUAUGAUUUGUCCUCGGUGGAACUUGGUCUCAUAACUAGUGGCUCACUGUAUGGGGCUUUGAUUGGCUCUAUCUUGGCCUUUAAUGUUGCUGAUUUUCUAGGAAGAAGAAGAGAGUUGAUUGUGGCUUCAGCAUUGUAUCUUGUUGGAGCUUUGGUUACCGCAGUGGCGCCAGACUUUGUUGUUAUGGUUAUUGGACGCUUUGUGUUUGGUAUAGGAAUUGGACUGGCAAUGCAUGCUGCUCCAAUUUACAUUGCUGAGACAGCUCCAAGUCAGAUACGAGGUCGACUAAUUUCUCUCAAAGAAUUCUUUAUAGUUCUUGGGAUGGUUGUAGGUUACACAGUUGGCAGUCUUCUAGUUGACACAGUUUCUGGUUGGCGCUACAUGUAUGUGGCUGUACCCCCCUUAGCACUAAUCAUGGGAAUUGGGAUGUGGUGGCUACCUGCAUCACCUAGAUGGUUACUUCUUUGUGCCAUACAGGGAAAAGGUAAUAUGCAGGAUUUAAAGCAGAGAGCCAUAUGUUCCUUGUGCCGGAUCCGUGGUGAAGGCACAAAUGAUUCAGCUCUUGAAAAGGUAGAUGAAAUUCUUGAUGAGCUUUCUAAUAGCGGUGAUGAGCAAGAAGCCACAUUAGCAGAGAUGUUCCAGGGGAAAUGCUUGAAAGCUCUUAUUAUUGGUGCAGGAUUAGUCUUAUUUCAGCAGAUAACGGGGCAACCUAGUGUCCUUUAUUAUGCCGCAUCUAUCCUUGAGAGUGCAGGGUUUUCUGCAGCAUCUGAUGCAACUAGAGUCUCAAUUCUUCUUGGGUUAUUAAAGUUGAUCAUGACUGGAGUAGCUGUCACUAUUGUUGAUAGAGUUGGAAGACGGCCAUUAUUACUUGGAGGUGUCUCUGUUAUGGGAAUUUCGUUGUUCCUUCUGGGAGCAUAUUACACUUUUCUGGAUGAUGCACCAGUUAUGGCUGUAGUCGCUUUGCUAUUAUAUGUUGGGUGCUAUCAGUUGUCAUUUGGUCCAAUUGGUUGGCUGAUGAUCUCUGAGAUUUUCCCUUUGCGCCUGAGAGGGCGAGGAUUGAGUAUAGCGGUGCUCAUAAAUUUUGGCGCAAAUGCACUGGUUACGUUUUCAUUUUCUCCUCUGAAGGAAUUGCUUGGAGCUGGAAUUUUGUUUUUCAUCUUUGGAGGGAUAACUAUUUUAGCUCUCAUUUUCAUAUACUUCCUCAUACCAGAGACGAAGGGGCUCACUCUAGAGGAGAUUGAGGCCAAGCUUCUUUAGAUCUGUACUUCUAGUUUGCCCUUACUAGUUUGCCAUUUUGACAUCACUCUGAGAUGACCUAUUUUGUUUACUUCCAUGUGGAGACGGCAAUUAUUAUCUUCAGAUUGUCUAUGUAAUCUUUAGGUAAGAUAUUGAAUCACAUUUGAAUGUAUACUAGGAAGAACAAUACUUAGUCUGUUACAUAGAUCUUUAUUGAAUUCAUAAGUUGUAGUUUUUGGUUUGGUAGUUGUAGUUUUCUUCUGAUAUUUGCUGAUACAUAUUUCAUCUAUGAUUACAUUACUUUAGUG